AUGAUUCUGAUUUUGAUGGCCAAUAAAGGCCAGGGACUCGAGAUUCCGUGGAUGUCUAUCGUUUCUGGCUGCAUCACCUUCGGAAUUCUUUACCCCUCCCUUACCCCCUCCGAGCUCGCUGGCCCUGUCGUUCACGUUAGAUCGUUUCGUGCAGCCUCAACAAAUUGGCCCAAACACAUCGUCUCCUCACAAGACACCAUACACGGCGCCGUCUCAAGUCACCACUACCCCACGUUCGGCGCACUGUCACCCGGUUGGGUUUCCGCCACAUUGUUGAUUUGGACGGAAACCCCCGCCCACUGCGACUCCCCGCACGCAGCCUAUGCAAGCCUGGGGUUUUAUCUUCUCUAUACUCUCUAUACACAUACCUCGCCCUUGAUCGUAAUCGACAAGCCCUCAAGAGAACUUGAGAUCAUCGUCAUGUCUCUCAAUGGAAAGAUCGCAAUAGUGACAGGAGGGGCUCGAGGAAUCGGUGCUGGCAUAAUUACCAGGUCGAUCAAUCAGACCUUCCUUACUUGGUAUAUCCACAACGGCCUCAUCUUAACCGAGUCGACCUGUGAUGAGAAUAUUGAUGUUAACAUAGUGCAGGUUGCAUUCAAUUAUGUCUCUCCUUCAUCCGAAGCUGCUGCUCUAAAGUUGGUUGAGGAAGUAAAGGGGUUCGGGGUUCGAGUGACGUGCAUUCGUGCCGAUAUGGCGUCUCCUGAGGCUCCCUCUCUUAUUUUGAAAGCGGCUCUUCGAGAAUUUCAAACCGACAAGGUCGAUAUUCUGGUGAACAACGCGGGCGUCGGAGGAAACGCACCACUUGAAGAAGUCACAAUUGAAGACUAUGAUCGUCUGAUGGCAGUCAAUGUCAGAGCAGUCAUCUUCAUGACUCAAAGCGUCUUACCUCACAUCAACCGCGGCGGUCGUAUUGUCAACUUGUCUUCGAUAUCUGCCCGCGGUGGCUACCCGACUCAAUCCGUUUAUGCCGCAUCCAAAGCUGCUGUCGAAGGUCUGACACGGGUCUGGGCCACAGAGCUGGGCCACAAAUACGGGGUAACUGUGAAUUCAGUCAACCCUGGCCCUGUCGAUACCGAUAUGUACCGUGCUGCCGGACCUGUGCAUCUUGCGAGGAUGGAAGAACAGAAUAAGAAGGUUCCUGCCGAGCCCAGAUGUGGAACGGAUGAGGAUGUGGCAGAUAUCAUUGUGUUCUUGUAUGGUAUACAUAUAGAGAAGGAUAGUCUUGAACUGUUUAGCCUUCGCGGCAUCGGCGGGUCUCCCAUGUCGACAUUGAUAAGGUACAUGACAAUACGAAACUUCAGAAAUAGAGAUCUCGAGCGGGUUACCGCCUUUGAGAUCCACCGGCCGACACCCCGAAAUGAGCCAAAAUGGACAAGUAUUCGCCACGAGUGGCUAAUGUUGAGAUAUUGCAGGAGUCGUCGCGUGGUGCUGAGGGAGCUAGGCCAAAUAAAACGCAAGCCAAUCGGAACUUCAUCGCGAAUUAAGCGUAGCAAGUAUGUCUAG